AUGUAUUCCAAUGCAUGCAAAUUGAAAUUGAAAUCUUUAAAAUACCUUCAGCUACUUGAUGGCAACGACGACGCAAAGAAGAAAAUAUCAGAUGCUUCAGUUCUUAUUUGGCCGAUAGGAGCAGAACGGAGGAGGUGGUUCUUGGGUUGUGGAGAUGGAGAAGAAGGAAGUGCUUUAUCUAAGAUGUACGAAGAGAAACUUGUUAUUGGGUAUUCCCCUGAACAGCUGUUUGAUGUUGUUGCAGCUGUAGAUUUGUAUGAAGAUUUUUUACCUAGGUGUCAAAGUCACCACCCUGAUGGAUCGUUCGAUGCGGAAUUAGAGAUAGGUUUUAAAUUUCUGGUUGAGAGUUACAUUUCACAUGUGGUUUUAGACAAGCCAAAGUUUAUUAAGAGCACUGUAUCUGAAAGCAACCUUUUUGAACACUUGAUCAACAUAUGGGAAUUUAGACCAGGACCAAGUCCGGAAACCUGUAACCUUUACUUCUUGGUUGAUUACAAGUUCCGUUCACCACUUUACCGGCAGGUGUCAUCAAUGUUCUUCCGAGAGGUGGUAUCUCGAUUGGUCAGUUCGUUUACUGAUCGAUGCCUUUUGUUAUAUGGUCCAGGGGCAAUCAUCGAGCAAAGGGUUUAGCUCAUCUCUAGAAGAUAGUUGCAUUAAGUGAAACUUUUUGAUAGCUUAAUGCAUGAAACAAAGUCGUUACUAAUGCCUAAUAUUUAGGAUCUAACAAAGAGGUUCACUCGAUCAUCAUAAUACAAGAAUGGAAAGGCAUUCCUUCCAAACGCUAAGUGGUUAUCGUGAUUAUAUAACAUUAGUCAUUCCCACGUAAAGUUUGCAUUUCGUCACGCUACAUCUUUACACAAACAAAACCCUCCUACCCUCCAUUGAAUGUAUAACGUCCGUCCCUUAAAAUUGACAUUUUUCCUUUUAAGUCAGAUAUAAAAUUGACACAUUUUCGAUAAUAAAAAAAAAAUAGAAAGGGAGACAGUCACACGUUCAAAUAUUGGUAGGAACUUGUUGCGUUGAUUGCAGUAGCACCACUCGUAGACCAUAAACAAGUACUAGAAGGUCACAUGGGAAACUGGGGGCCGCCAAUCUGGUAGAUUUGAGUAUAUGUCACUCCUUUUGGCUUGGAAAAGUCAAACAACUCCAUCAAAUCUAAUCUCUUUUUAAUCUUAAACAAAUUCAGCUACUAAAAGUUCCAACAUUCUAUAUUACAAUACUAAUUUAAUUACCAACUACAGGAUCUUGUUAAUAUUAUAAUCAUAGAGAUUAGAAGAUAAUCACUUUCAGUGCUGUUCCAUCAAUAAAAAAAUUUGUGCAUAAAAAAUGGCUAGUUGUUUCGAUUUGACGAUUAAAAUAUUGCACGCUAACAAUUAGUAGAACGGAUGUCAGUUACUUCCACAACUAGUAACGAUUGAUAGGCAUUAUUUGGAGUAGAUGUCAAAUAUUUUACUAAUUAUCCCGUAUUAGCUGUUACGCCUGUUAGUUGAUCCAUUUUUAUCCUUUUCUUACAUUAUAAUGCUCAUUUAGCUUCAAAAUGAAUAUUACCAUCAUUAACCAUAUUUCUUUAUGCUUGUUUCAUUUGGGAUAUUCCAUUUGAAGAGAGAAAAUUUCGACCAUGAUUAUUCAUAAAUAUAAAUGUAAAAUAG